UGAGAUCCUGUUCAUCUUCUGAUUUCUCGCCUUUUCUUGCCAUCUCAUUCUUUUACUGUUAAUCUGUCGAUCCGGUCGGUUUCCACCAACUCUUUACUUUCGUUCACCGUUACCUUCUGGAAGGGUACCUUUUUUCAUCAUCAUUACCUUUUUGAUCUAUAAUCCAACAGCAAUCUUUAACCUCGUCUCUCCUUCAAAAUGAAGUUCUCUAUCGCUGCCGUUGUCUUUGGCGCCUCGUCCGCCCUCGCCAGUCCUCUGGUCGAGCGCGAUCUGGUUGAGCGCCAGGCCGGUGCCGGCGCCUGCUUCGUCAUCGGCAAGACGACGCUCCCCAAGGAGGUCUCGGACGCUGCCGCGUCCAUCGCCCCCAGGGUCAAGUGCAACGCCGCCGUCAAGACCAUCGACGGCGUGCCCGACGUCAUCGAGGGCGACGUCGCGUUCAGCAAGAUCAACUUUGCCGAAUCCAAGCAGACCCCGCUGGCCUUUGCGCUCGAGAACUUCAAGACGGCCACGCCGCUCGCCAGCACGGACCUCAAGAAGUUCCAGGCGGAGGCUGACGUCUACACGGCCACUGAGGCCGGCAUCCGCUCCGUCGGCGGGAACUUCGCCCCCAUCAAGAUCCCCAAGUUCUUCCUGGCCAUGCAGAUCAGCAGGAUCCAGACCGCCCAGGGCAACCCUCCCAAGGCCCCUGGCCAGGACAUCGACCACCUGAGGGACAAGGUCCUCAAGAACUCGCCCAGGGAGAGCAAGGCGCUGCUGGACCAGGUCACACAGCUUGCUACCGUUCGCGCGUGAGCAAAUGAAAUAAGGUGCUUUCAUCGCCGGUAGCAGAUAAUUGUGUAAUAGCACAGUAUAAUAAAGCUGCUCCUUGAUGAUACAAAAAA